CAGACCCGCCGCAGGCAGCGCGCCGGCGGCAGCGAGCGAGCGGGACCGGCCGGGCGAGCCGAGCCGAGCCGAACCGAACCAGAGCUAGAGCCAGAGCCUGAGCCAGAGCCGGGCCGAGCCAAGCCAGAGCCAGAGGCGAGCCGGGCCGGGCUGAGCCGAGCUAGAGCCAUAGCCGGGCUGAGCCGAACCGAACCGAACAAAACCAAACCCAGCCGGGCCAGAGCCGAGCCCGCAGUGCUCCCGGCCCCUCCGCCGGCCCGUGCCCCGUUUGGUCCCGCCGGCGGCCGCGGCCCGUCCCGCGUUCCCCGCCGCACCAGGAUGUCGGUGCCGGAGCCCGCCGGCGGCGAGGAGAAGCAGGCCAAGGAGGUGGAGGACGCCGAGAAAUAUUCCUUCAUGGCCACCGUCACCAAGGCCCCCAAGAAGCAAAUCCAAUUUGCAGAUGACAUGCAGGAGUUCACCAAAUUCCCGACCAAGACGGGCCGUCGGUCCCUGUCCCGCUCCAUCUCCCAGUCUUCCACUGACAGCUACAGCUCUGCUGCCUCGUACACAGACAGCUCUGAUGACGAGGUGUCCCCCCGGGAGAAGCAGCAAACCAACUCCAAGGGCAGCAGCAAUUUCUGCGUGAAGAACAUCAAACAGGCCGAGUUCGGGCGCCGGGAGAUUGAGAUCGCCGAGCAGGACAUGUCUGCUCUGAUUUCACUCAGGAAACGAGCUCAGGGCGAGAAGCCUUUGGCUGGAGCUAAAAUUGUGGGCUGUACCCACAUCACAGCACAGACUGCGGUGCUGAUCGAGACGCUGUGUGCCCUGGGGGCGCAGUGCCGCUGGUCUGCCUGCAACAUCUACUCCACCCAGAACGAGGUGGCGGCUGCCUUGGCAGAGGCUGGUGUUGCUGUGUUUGCCUGGAAAGGGGAGUCAGAGGAUGAUUUCUGGUGGUGCAUUGACCGCUGUGUUAACGUAGAUGGCUGGCAGGCCAACAUGAUCCUGGAUGAUGGGGGGGACCUGACCCAUUGGGUUUAUAAGAAAUACCCCAGCGUGUUCAAGAAGAUCCGAGGGAUUGUGGAGGAGAGCGUGACAGGCGUGCACAGGCUGUACCAGCUCUCCAAGGCUGGGAAGCUCUGUGUCCCAGCCAUGAACGUGAAUGACUCUGUCACCAAGCAGAAGUUUGAUAACCUGUACUGCUGCCGAGAAUCCAUCCUGGAUGGCCUGAAGAGGACCACGGAUGUGAUGUUUGGAGGGAAGCAAGUGGUGGUUUGUGGUUAUGGGGAGGUUGGGAAGGGAUGCUGUGCUGCCCUGAAAGCCCUGGGAGCCAUCGUGUACGUCACCGAGAUCGACCCCAUCUGUGCUCUCCAAGCCUGCAUGGAUGGAUUUCGGGUGGUGAAGCUGAGCGAAGUAAUCCGUCAGGUGGAUGUCGUCAUCACCUGCACAGGGAACAAGAACGUGGUGACCAGGGAGCACCUGGACCGGAUGAAGAACAGCUGCAUCGUGUGCAACAUGGGCCACUCCAACACCGAGAUUGACGUGACCAGCCUGCGGAUGCCGGAGCUGACCUGGGAGCGGGUGCGCUCCCAAGUGGACCACGUCAUCUGGCCCGACGGGAAGCGCGUGGUGCUGCUGGCCGAGGGCCGUCUGCUCAACCUCAGCUGCUCCACGGUUCCCACCUUCGUUCUCUCCAUCACAGCCACCACACAGGCUCUGGCUCUGAUUGAGCUCUACAACGCUCCCGAGGGCCGGUACAAGCAGGAUGUUUACCUGCUGCCAAAGAAGAUGGAUGAGUACGUGGCCAGUUUGCACCUGCCAUCGUUCGACGCCCACCUGACGGAGCUGACGGACGAUCAGGCCAAAUACCUGGGACUCAACAAAAAUGGGCCUUUCAAACCCAACUACUACAGAUACUGACGGGACCAUUUCCAUGAAGGACCAGACCACACAAGGCAACAUUUGAGAGAUUAUUUUGAAAAAUCAUUUUCAUUUUGGUUUACCCUUUUUUUUUUUUUUUUUUUUUUCACCACCACCAGAACCUGUUUUUACAUUUUAUCUGUGACUUUAAGGUCAGGUUUUCUUUUCUCCCCCUUUUCCAUGAUCACAUCCCUGUCUGAUCUUGCCAGAUCAACCUGGGAUUUGCUUCUUGCUUUCAUGUGGCUGAAGCUGCUGAUUCCCAGCCCUGGCUCCAGGAGGGGCUUUCCCUUUCCUGCUGGGCCGAGGGCACUUCAUUCCUGCAGCAAUUGUUUAUUUUGGCUUUUAUUUUGUACUUUUUCCCACCUUUCCAGCCCACGUUGGUCUCAGCCGGGCUCCCUGUGGAUCCGGAAAUGCUCUUCUACCUUAUCUUCUAUUUCUUUGUGUGGAUUAUCUGCAACUUCUAAAUUGCCUUAAAGAGCCCAGUUUUAGCUGCUAGAUCCCUGCUCCGGGUGCUUCCUGGGAGCAGAGUGGCCUGCAGGACACCUGGCAAAGGGGGUGACUGUGCCCAAGCCCAGCCCAGGUCCCUGCGCUGAGGUGGCCCAGGUUUGGUGGCCACUGGCCUGGGUUUGCUGGCCACCUGGGUCCAGGGGAGUUCAGUGUUUCAGGGUGCUAAUCUGAAUCUGGAUGGGGGUCGCUUUCCCAGCAUUAUCCUCAUCUCUCCAAGGUUUUUUGUUUGUUUUUUUUUUUUUUUUUUUUUUAGCCAAACUGCACCUUAAUUGAGUUUUAAACAUUUUUUCCGUUUGUUUAUUUGUUUUUUUCUCCCUCUUUUCCUUUUUGAUCCUUACAGAGAUGUUUCAGAGGGCGGGGAUUGUUUUUAGAUGUUGUAAGAGGAAGCACUGGGGACGCGGCCGCCUUCCCAUCCCCCACUGGGAAGUGCCGGGUGUUGUUGAGGGUGUCUGGGGUGGGUUUUGGGGGUGUUUCACUAUUUUAUUUUUGAGCUGGAUGCGGAGAUGAGCCUUCCCCAUAUCCCAGCCCGGCCCCUCUGCUCCCUGUGACUGUUUUCCUCACCCUCUCCCCGUGUGUCCCAGCUGCUCCCAUCACCUCCUCCGUGCCCUCCCUGCUGACAUUUCCCUUUCCCAGCUUGUGCUGGGGUGUGGGAAGCUCCUUCCAACCCACUGAGGUUCCUCUGGCUCCUGUUCUUUCCCCACCCAAUUGAGGAAAGGAGCUGCUGGCACCUCCUGGGUCGUGGAGCUGCUCCUUCCCCUGUUUGCAGGGAUCCACCUGGACGGGUCCUUCCCAGGGAAAUGGCAAGUUUUGGGGGGUGCAAAGCUCCUUGUGGGGCCAGGGGAUGGGAGAGGUGCUGAGAUCAUCCCCCUCCAUGUCCUCUGACUGUUCCUCUCUCCCACCCUGCGUGGUCUCCUCCUGGAUAGAUUUUGGGGAUCACCUGCCUCGCUCCCCCACAGAUCCCAGGGAUCACCUGGGUCCCUUCCACCAUCCCCCAGACCUCCGUGGGGACGGCUUAGCAAGCUGGGAUGGGCGUUUGUGGGAAGGAUCGGGAGCAUUCCCCCUUCCCUGUGAGCCCCCCGCGCCUGGGGGUCCCCGUUCCCACCCAUCCCGGGUGGAAUCUCGGCCAAGGGCUCUGUGUCUGUAUAAGCCAUGCUGGGGGAGCCUGGGGGUGAUGGCGGCGGCAGCGGCGGGCCGGGAGCGAGAGGUUUAUUUUGUAUAGGAAUGAUUUUUAAUGAAUGCAAUAUUAAUCCUUGCAGAUGAGCAAUAAAUCAUUAAAGUCUAAUUAAACUAUUAGGAAAAAUGAA